CCUCCCCCCUUGCAUUUAGGCCUGCAGAAGAAAAAAAUCACACACACACUCAGUCUGAGUGAGCUUACGGGAAACGAUUUCCCAACUUCAGUGUGAGUCUCCACCAAAAGAGGAGUUAACAUAGUCGCACUGUGGAGUCGCCUGCAGCACAGAGCAGCUUCAGACUGCGUGCAACAACGCGAGCGAGUCUUAUUUUACGCGCAUUUCCCCUCCGAUCCAAGGCAUUGUUCCCCAAAAAAAGGUUGCGGAAGUGAUAGUGAUACCGCACCAGGCACCCAGCUCAUCUGUGGGAUCCAGAGUUGAGUCAAGGCAAGAAGGAGAGAAAGUAGAAACUGCAAAGGAGUUUUUGGAGGGAACAAAAUGUCAAAACCGAAUUACUCUGGCACGUUUCAUAUGGUUGAUAUGGACAAUAUGGACAGCUACCUCGCAGCUUUAGAUAUUAAUUUUGCUCUGAGGAAGAUUGUGUGUCUGCUGAAGCCCACCAAAGAGAUCACCCAUGAUCCGGUCACAGGAGACAUGAAGAUCCGCACUCUCACCACCUUCAAGAACUUCAACAUGGAUUUCACCAUCGGAAAAGAGUUCACUGAAGACCUGGGUCCAGUGGACGGCCGUACCUGUCAGACUACAGUGAACUGGGAAGGGGAUAAGCUGGUUUGUGUACAGCGAGGCGAGAAAGAAGGAAGAGGCUGGACGCACUGGCUGGAGGGCAACAAGCUGCAUUUGGAGAUGAGAGUUCAAGGUGUGGUUGCCAAGCAAGUCUUCAAGAAGGCUGAUUGAAGUAAUACAAAGUGUUUUAGUGGAUAACCUGAAAUUAUUCUUAAUAGAAUAUAGUUAAGUUACUUGGUACAAGAUUAAUGUUUAUAGUUUUGUUUUUUAAUUAUAAUCCACAUUAUUUUGAAAUAUAAUGAGACUGGAUAUGUGUUAAAAUACUGGCGUGAACAUGUUCUUAAUUGUUUCUGUCUACUAACUGAGAAAAGAGCAGCGGAGCAGAUUUACUUUUGUAAACAUUCCCAGGAUGCUUCUAUCGUAACAAAGUUAUAAACAAAUCAUACAUC